AUGUCCUUCUAUGACUCAACACCUGUAGGAAGGAUCAUUAGCAGGGUGUCCUCGGAUCUCAGCAUCGUGGAUCUUGAAUUAGCAGUAAAGCUUACGUUUACUGUAGGUUCAACAGUGAACACAUACUUUACCCUUGGAAUCUUGGCAGUUCUAACUUGGCCUAUCUUGGUCAUUAUCAUUCCAACGGUUUAUCUUACCAUACUUCUGCAGAAAUUCUAUUACGCAUCUGCAAAGGAGUUGAUGCGAUUAGAUGGCACGAGUAAGUCAUUAGUCACUAGCCAUCUUGCACAAUCUAUUGCUGGAGUGGUUACCAUUAGAGCUUUUGGCGAAGAAGACCGUUUCUUUGUAGAACAUUUGAACCUUAUUGACAACAAUGCAAGUCCAUUUUUUCAUAGUUUUUCAGCAAACGAGUGGUUGAUCCAACGUCUGGAAAUGCUUUGUGCGCUUGUUAUUGCUAGCUUUGCACUAGCCAUAACUUUGCUUCCAUUUCAAGCAUCUGACUCUGGACUUAUUGGAAUGGCUCUUUCCUACGGGCUCUCAUUGAAUGUUUUCGUUGUUUUUUCUGUCCAAGUCCAAUGCCAACUAUCAAAUAUGAUAGUUUCGGUUGAAAGACUAGAGCAAUACAUGCAUAUCCUUAGUGAAGCCCCAGAAAUCAUAGAAGACAACCGCCCCUCAAGCAACUGGCCAAGUACGGGUAGAGUUGAUAUCCAAAAUCUAAAAAUAAGAUAUCAACCGAAUUCCCCGUUGGUUCUUCAAGGAAUCAGUUGUGUAUUCGAAGGAGGAAACAAAAUUGGAAUUGUUGGAAGGACAGGGAGUGGAAAAACAACUUUAAUCAGUGCUUUGUUUCGCCUAGUUGAACCUACAGAGGGAAGAAUCAUUAUAGAUGAAUUAGAUAUUACUACAAUUGGACUCCAUGACCUUCGAUCAAAUUUUGGUAUUAUUCCACAAGAGCCAACUUUAUUCAAUGGAUCCAUUCGUUACAAUAUUGAUCCUCUUGGAGAACAUAGUGAUCAAGAAAUAUGGCAGGUUCUUGAAAAAUGCCAACUUCGAGAUGCAAUUCAAGACAAAAAAGAUGGGUUGGACUCGUUGGUUGUGCAAGAUGGAUCGAAUUGGAGUUUGGGACAACGACAACUGUUUUGUUUAGGAAGAGCUCUUUUAAAAAGGCGAAAGAUACUUGUACUUGAUGAAGCCACAGCUUCAAUCGAUAAUGCAACUGAUACAAUUAUUCAAAAAACUAUUCGGGAAGAAUUUCAAGAUUGCACAGUAAUUACAGUUGCACAUAGAAUACCAACUGUUAUAGACUGCUCAAUGGUACUUGUUAUGAAGGAUGGAAAGGUGAUGGAGUAUGAUGAACCCUCGAAAUUGAUGAGCCAACCUGAUUCUUUAUUUGCACAGCUUGUUAAUGAAUAUUGGUCACAACAUAAAACCUCAUGAUCAUAUUAUUAGGUAAGAUCAGAUCACUACAAUAAUAAUGAUAAUGAAAUUAGUUCGCAAUCAACUUUGUGAAAUCGAUAGUUAUCAC